CUAGUAGUCAGCAGUAACAACAUGGAAACUGAAUACACACUUGUUGUAAACACACUGGUGCACACCUCACGCUCCAAUACUAACUUUAUGCUUUUAAAAUAAUUUUUUCAAUACUUCGCUAUCGACUACUUUUCAUGUGUUUUUGUUAUUAUAUUUUGCUUAGCUUUUUAUAAUGGAUGAAGUGGAUCAGAACUGUGAUGACGAACUGAUAAUUGGAAAUAGAAAAUGUGAAUAUUGUGUCUCUAAAAAGUUCAUUUGUUUACUUGUGCCUUAUUUUAAGAAAUUGUUUUCUGGCGAUGAAUCGGAAUCAAAGGAAAACAAAGUGAUUCUAGAUUUUGAUGAACGUGCCUUCGAUGCUCUUCUUAACUGGAUCCAUACAGAAAUAUUCAUCAUUCAAAUGGAUUACGUGAUAAGUUUUUAUGAAGCAGCUGAUUAUUUGAAGAUCAGCGAGCGUUUGUUUAAACUUUGUUUUAAGUAUUUCCAUAAAAAUUUUACCAUUGAACAUCUUCCAGUUGUCUUAACUCAAGUCAAAAAAUCUUCCAAAUUGAUAACUUCAGGAGCUAUUGAUUUUUUCAUUUGUCGCCAUUUCUUGAAGAUCGCUAAUACUGAUACUUUUUUGGAUUAUCCAGUUGAAACUCUUGAACAUAUUUUAAAAUUAGAUUUGAUGAUUUACUCAGAAAAUCAAGUUUUUCAAUCAAUCAUGAAAUGGGUGAAUAAGAAUGUUUAUUCAAGAAAAGAAUUUCUUUCAAGGCUAUUGAAAUUCGUGCGUUGGUCUUUCAUGGAUUCUGGUGAAUUACUAAAAGUUAAGGAAAAUGAAUUGAUAAAGGCUCUAAGAAAUUUCGAUUCAAUCAUCUCCUCUAAUGGUGACUGUCGAUUCAAUCGAACUGAACAAAACUACUUCGUCUCAAUUCAGGAAACAGAUCUUUAUUCAAAGAUGCGGAUAAAUAUAUUCGAUAAAGAUUUAUUUUGUCUACCAAUUGGAGAUUUUACCGAAGAUAAAACAAUGCCACUUGAACUUGUUCAUGAAGAACACAUUUCAGAUAUUUCAUUUGAUACUGGAAGAAGAUGUAUCCGAGUUGACUGGAACAAAAAGACGUUUCGAUGGCUUGACGAAUACCAUGAGGGAACUUAUUACAAGAAAAUUAAUAAAUUGAUUAUCAAUUUCCAGAAUAAUCAUGGUCAAUAUUCCUGCUAUUUGGAUGCUAAAGCCACUGCACUUGGUGAUGAGAUUCCCGAUAACUCAUAUUUAUUGCUUGAAUAUAAUGAUAGAUUUGUCUACAUCGGAGAAACUGGAGGAGAAAAGGAAUAUUUUGGUAUUUUCCCAGCGACUACUUCGAGAUGGUUCAAUAAAUAUGAGCAAGGUUGCGAUCAUGAAUUCCAGGCAACUAUUUUGGACAAAGAUGUUUAUGUACUCACAUCGGAUGAUGAAUUUUUCCAAUUUAAUAUGGAAACCCGUUCAUACAAUAAGAUUGAACUAUUUAAAGGUGCUAGAUGUGAGGAUUUAAUCUUAACUUCUCUUCAUACAGAAGAUGAUAAAAUAAUUCUGAUUGAUAGAUGGAAUGGAAACUUUUAUGUUUAUUGCGUUAAACAGAAGAAAUGGCUUGAAAAAUAUAUUUUAAAUGUAAAUCCCAAUUCCAACGGUUCUCAUAAAGCUACUCAUGAGUUAAUGGCCUUCGCAUCAACGUUUUUAUCGAUGAAAAAUAUAAAACCAUUGUUCAGGCGAGAUUUCUUGUAGCUCUUUCAGCUUUCAAAAAAAUAAUCAAAUAACUCACUUACCUUUUUUUAAUUAUGCUUCGGCGUCAGAUUCAAGUACAGUUUCAUUAUUUUCGUAUAUUUAUUGAAUAUUUUUGAAAUAAUUAUUUCAUUCUUGUAAUUAGCAUUGACUUAACAUUGUAUUUAUAAUGCAUCAUUCAUUUGCUCAACAAAUCUCAAAUCUUUGCUUGAAUAAAAAUUCAUUUCCAAACCAAAUUUGGAUUCCCAAAUAUUUGCCAAAAGGAUAAUAAAGUAAUUUUGGAGGAUAAAUCGACUGGAAAAAUUCAUAUUUUCAGUAUUAAUAAGCAGCAAUGGAUUGAAAGACAUGAAAUGAUGAAUAUAAAGUUUUGUUCCAACAGUUCCAAUAACUGUUCUUAUCAACUGAUUGCCUUCGCCUCAACGUUUUUACAGAUCAAAAAUAUCAAAUUUUUGUAUAAAAGAAAGUUUUGUUCACCUUGAACUUCAUGUGCAGAAAUUGUAAUAUUUAUCAUUU